UGGCCAUAUGAUCAGAGCUGUCAAUCAAUGACCAGCUUCUGACCACAGCAGGCUUAUUGAGUCAAAGCAGAAGAACAGAGUGAUGCACCAUCAAGACCGGAGGAGAGAAGUAACGUGGAGGACUUUUAAAGCAAGAGGAGAAAGAAGAAGCUCCCCCACAUGGAGAAGGUCUUCAUGGAUGUAAUGGAUGGAAGUUCUCCUCGGAGGAGGAGGUACACCGUGAGUCGGUCCUCCUGUCUAUCCAGCCCUCCCCAGGCCCGGAGACCCUCUCACCAUGGUUGUGAUGCAAACGCAGUAUGUGAGCAGCGCCAGAGGAAGGGAGGAUCAGAGCGGACCCACCUGGACCUCGACCACUCACAGCCCCCCGGGAGGAGGAAGCCUCACCUGGUCAGGUCGAAGACGUUUGACCAUUCCCUGCUGAACCACCUGCCACCAGACACUGGAGCCAAGGUAGAGCAGAAGAAGCCUCACUACAGCCAGCUUUCCAAGACUAACUCCCAGUAUCAUAAAGUAUUUAAGGACAUCUGCAAAGAGGAGCUUCUCCGUCAGAGUUAUACGUGUGCGUUGCAGAAGGACAUCCUGUACCAGGGAAGACUGUUUGUCUCAGACAACUGGAUCUGCUUUCAAUCAAAAGUCUUUGGCAAAGACACCAAGAUCGCCAUUCCAGUGGUUUUUGUCACGAACAUCAAAAAGACCAAAACCGCCAUCUUGGUCCCCAAUGCCCUGGAGAUAUCCACAUCCAGGGACCGGUACGUGUUCGUCUCCUUCCUGUCCAGAGAUAACACAUACAAGUUCCUGAUGUCUGUCUGUCUGCACCUGGAGGAGAAGAGUCCCUGCGGCAGCCCCUUCCCCUCAGCCGACAGCAAUUUCCGGGUUCAAAGGUCAAUUCCAUCCCCACACUUCCCACUGGGGUUCCCCGCUGAUUUCAGUGAACUGGGAGUGAUGAGAGAUGAUCUGGAGGAGAGUAGUAGCUCUGACUCUCCCACCCAAGAGAUGGCUGAGUACCCUGUUCCAACUCUUCUCGAGGUUCUAAAGCACCCUGAUGAACAAGAUCCCCUGGACCGGACGACCCAGCAGAUUCCAGUGCUCCAGGUUGAUGACAUGUGUUCAGGCUCCUGCAAGGUGAAAGAGAGAGCGAUGGCGCACCCAACCAGUCCUAAGUCUGUGUCCAUCAACACUCUGCUCUUCAUCUACCUGCUCCUAGUGUGUGUGUUAGUUGUGUCUUCCUGCUACAUGGCGUACAGGAUCUUCUCUCUGGAACACACUCUGACCUCCAUGAGCGACCUCUCCAAGUACCAAAAUGAUUUCCAGGGAGGACCUGCUGAAGUCCACACAGAGCUCUACUCUGAACUCACCCUCAGUCUCAUGAAGCUAGAGACGGUCCAGAGGAACCUCCAGAGACUGCUGGACGAGGUUUCUGCUUGACUUCAUCACUGCUGGAUGACGUCAUAUCUGCUGGAUGAUGUCAUCGCUGCCGGAUGACGUCAUUGCUGCUGGUGGUCGCUGUGGAUAAAACAACUCAGCGCUGCUACAUGUUGAGCUUGUAAUCUGAGGGCUAUGAUGCUAUUUACAAUGCAUCGUGGUUGUUUUUUAGCCGCUGGGAUAGCUUAGCCUCUCUAUCAUGUGUUCAAAGUUCCAUUAGGAUUGACACAGCUGGGCUGAAAUCAAAUGAAGAAACCUCAAUCUUAAAUAGAUACAGCACAGCACUAACUAUCAGGACAAGCCUGUGGGGCUGGGCUGGUAGAGACUAACCACAUCCCAUGCCUCCCUAUUUUAACCCUAACCCUAACCCUAACCCAAAUAGAUACAGCACAGCACUAACUAUCAGGACAAGCCUGUGGGGCUGGGCUGAUAGAGACUAACCACAUCCCAUGCCUCCCUAUUUUAACCCUAACCCUAACCCAAAUAGAUACAGCACAGCACUAACUAUCAGGACAAGCCUGUGGGGCUGGGCUGAUAGAGACUAACCACAUCCCAUGCCUCCCUAUUUUCGUCCUGCCUUCAUUUUGAAAUCUGUCAUAUCAGGGUUGGGUCAGGGUUAGAAACUGAUGGUCAGGGUUAGAUGGCUAACCCUUGACCUGUUCCAGUGUAAACUGCUACUGUGUGUUAUUUUAUGUUGAGGUGUGUCUGUAGUUCAACUCCUUAAUUAAUGUAUUUGAGGUUCAACAGUGAAUAUCCAGGGUGUCCAAAUGCAACUGGUAACCUCCUCAUAUGUGAAGUUAAAGAUAAAAUAUCGCAAAGUUAGCGUUUUGUCAUCUUUUGCAUUCAGCUGGAAUUGCUGCGGUGGUCUGAUGGGUUAAGGUUAACAACUUUCACUUAUAUGAUGACAAUAUUCUUCCUACCUUGAUUGUUUUCUGAAAUUUCUACUUAAAGGUAGAAAAUUUAAUAUUUCGGCAUUAAAACAUACGUACAAAUGACAAGAUAUAUGUUAUAUACUUUAUUUUCUUAUGCACUAACAUAAUCCCAAAUGUUUUCAGCCAUUGCUAAUCUCAGUGAAACCCGAACUUUUGAAAUAGAAACGUCCCGGGCAAUUACGUUGAGUCUUGGCGCCAUAAUUUCCCUUUAAGAAAAAGUAUCCAGUAAUACUGGAAACACGGGAAGCAUAGGGUUUAAGGACGGACGACAGAAAACUAGAUAGCUAUCCACUAUAUUGUGUGUUCAAUGUUUUUAUUUCUCACUUGUGAUGGAACACGAUUAUUAUGACUACUGUUGUGAUAUGUAAAUGGUACUAGAUUAUAGCUAUGCAGAGUGACACGUCACUACAUGAGCAGCGUAGGAAUAGCGGUGUUGUAUUGUUCCUGAACCUAACCUGAAGUAAAGAUACGUUGGAUCGUGACCUCAAGUCUUAUUCCUUAUCUCUAAAGAUCACUUCAUGGUGGCAGCGGUGAUGAACAGCAAUAAGACCGCUCUACGCCGACGUGAGUCUCCAAAGUAAUUGUCAGAGGAUAAUUUGUAUAUCGCCAGACGUUGAUUAAGUGCAAUAAAAGACAAAAUGGCAUCACAUCUACAGAUGAUGAACUGGUCCGAAACGGAUCUAAGUGAGGCUAUCUCACUGUUCAGACAGAAAAUGUGUCUUCAUCUAGAUGAAAAA